GCCCGAACCUCGGUACCGGACGGACGUAUCGAGUGUUUACGUAAAUAAGUGUUUUAUUGAGUUUCUAUUUUUCUUGUAAUUUAUUACUGAAACACCCAUCAAUAUCGUGAUUAAAAUAGGCUUGAAGCGCUGCCUCGAUUAAACGGUUAGUGGGAGAUGAAUCUUCGAACGUGGCGCUGAAGGCGAAAACUAAUGAUGGCGGUGAACAGCCCGAGUGGGUAUCCCCCACUUUCUCCAAAGCCACUUACACCAAAAAGUCCUCGGCACUUUGUUUUUCCACAAAAGAGUCCUUCAAUAACCUCAAGUACCUCCUCCUCGGGGUAUUACACACCUCAGUCAGGUUGCAGUUACGACAAGCACGGUCCACCUAAGAGUCCUCUUGCUCAUGGUCACCAUAGUCCUGCCAGUCCCCGGCAUUUCCACAUUCCGCAAGUUGCUGAAUCACCAUCACGUACCAGCCCAAGCAAUUUCGAGCGUCCCCACCAUGGUCUUCAUUACACCACAUCUCUGAAGCACAGCCGGCGAGAAAAGUCCAGAUCCCCGAAGCCUCCCCCUGUGCAUAUUCACACAAAUCCGGGUUACGUGUCCCCGAACCGAACAAGGAAGUUAUUUAGCUCUACUUCCACAGUAAGCUCACCGCGAAUGGUGACGUCACCGAGUAUAAUAUCGAGUCACACUGAUGAUUCAACGGAUGCUAUGCCAGGAACGCCUUCAGCGAUUGUCAAUGACGCUGAUGAUGAAGCUACGGAGACUUCUUCCCGCAUUUGCCGCAAGUCUACUUCGGAUUUGACUGAUUUAACUGACGACACCCCUCAAACUCGAUCUACGAGCAUCAGUAGACCAUGUUCACCAAUGCGAAGAGGUUCUAUGAAAGGCGGUCUAGCCUAUUUGGCUAGCAGACGCGGUUCAAGAGAGUCAACAAUAUCAAAUUGUGAUUCAGUAGAAGAUAUUGGCCCUCUUAAUUUUCAAAACACCAUGCGUGGUCGACAGCGCCGGACUUCAAACUUUUUGGAAUUACCAGUGGUCGAACAUUCAAGGCCUCGGGUGUGUUCUCUACCGGAGAAGCCUUACAAUCCUCGCUUGUCGGAUGACCUGUACAGACUUCGAACUUUCUCCAUCACAAACAAAGGGGGAGUCGUCAACUGUGGGGACUCAAUCUGCAACAGGCGCAGUCGAUCUAAUACAUCUGUAAAUUCUACUAACAGCCGCGCAUCAGACAGAUCACCUUUCGAUGGCUCUUGCUGUUCAGGAUACCGGCCUGUAGACUCCGCCAGUCUUGACACACCAGAUGAAGACGACCUUGAUCCGAUACCAAAGUACCGUGUAGUGUUGCUCGGUGACGCGGGUGUUGGUAAGACUGCUUUAGUCUCACAAUUCAUGACCUCAGAAUACAUGAACACGUACGACGCGAGUCUUGAUGAUGAAUUUGGUGAGAAGUCGGUGUCUGUGCUACUGGACGGAGAGGAAUCAGAACUUAUAUUCAUUGAUCAUCCCAGCACGGAAAUGUCGGUGGAAAAUUGCUUAUCAACAUACGAGCCCCAUGCAUGUGUCGUGGUCUACUCCGUGGUGGCCAAGAGCUCAUUUAUAAGAGCUGGAGAACUAUUAUCUUAUCUUGCCAGAGAACAGUUCACUGUGGAUAGGACAGCUGUUCUGGUUGGAAAUAAGGCGGACCUGGCCAGAGCUAGACAAGUAUCCACCAACGAGGGUAAGGCACUGGCCACAUCCAAGGACAGCAAAUUUAUAGAAACCUCGUCUGGAAUACAACACAAUGUCGACGAACUGCUGGUCGGUAUUCUGAAACAAAUACGCUUAAAGGAAAGUCGGGACAAAAAGCAAGCGAAGAAGAACAACAAGCAGGAAUCCAAACCAUCAAAGCUGGCGAGCUCACGAACCCACAUUUCCCUCAGCAUCGCUCGGGAAUUACUCCAGAAGAUCUGUAUAAACGACAUAUCGAAGUCAAAAUCUUGUGAAAAUCUGCACGUUUUGUAAUUCACUACCUAAUAAGUGUUGAGAUAUUUGUGAUCUUUCUAGUCACUUAAUUCUCUACUGUCACACAUUUAUUCUGUAUUAAGUUAGUAUUCUAUGUGAUUUCGUACAAAUACAUAUACUUUUAAGUUUAGUUACACCCUUUAUUAUCUUUAUUAUAAAGCUAAGUUUGUUAAUCUUAUACCUUUACAUACAUCUUGUUAGAAAUAAUUUUAUAAUACUAUCAACCACAAUGUACACUAUUGAUUAAGUUAAUAUAUAACAUUUCUAUAAGAAGCCAAAGCCCUUAUCUAUAAAUAAAAUAUAUAUAUAUAUAUAAUUAAAUUGAUGUUCUCUUUAAAAAAAAAAAUCUUUUUAAACGUGUUUCACAGAUUAUAUUAAAUUAUUAUACAUAAUUAUACACCCGUGGAAUAACAUGGCUUUUAUCAUACCAGGGUCUCAUCGUGGUAUUUUGCAUAAAACAUUUGUGGCUAUACCUAAAAUAUAUACUAAAAUAAUAUCAUAAAGUUAAGUGAAGCUGUCGCCUCUUUACACGUGUAGUUUGUUAUGAAUCAUAACUUAUGCCUUCAUCAUUAUAUCCUUAAGGCCUGAUAUACAAUACUAAUAACGAUUUAUUCUUAGACUCUAGACGAAUGAGAUGAUAACUCUUCCAAUUGAAUAAAUAAUAAAAUUAAAUACAUACAGAUACACUUGGUGUCUCGUGUGAUAAUGUUAUCUUGUUCAAAAGUUGAGCUUCCCUAUUUAAUGAUGCAUCCGUAAAUUGUGGAUAAAAUUGCCUAUGAUUGAA